GUGGUAACAUGGCCGGCGGUCAGUCGGUAUCGAACCGCCGCGCCGUGCGGAGCUCUCUCUCGCGCGCGCGCCAGGUUCUCUCAUCCACUCCGCUCGGCUUGGUUCCGCUGAUUUUCGCGAGGAGCUGCUGCUGGAGAGAGAGACCGGAUAUAUAUCUCUGCCAGGUGCGCGCGCGCGCGCGCGUUAUGACGUCCGGCGCCGAUGAUGGCACCCCACAGCGUGAUGACGUCCUCGAGAGUUCCGUGAAACGCCUUCUCCACCGGGCGACUUCCUCGAGCCAGGGGAAGAUUAGUGAUAAAGCAUCGGGAAGAAGAAUUAAUUUAUAGAAGUUUACAAGUUGAAAAGAGAAAUCUCCGGACGAUUAAAUAUGGAUACCGGACCUGCACAGGGUAAAAAGCAAAUCCGCGUAGGAUUUUACGAUAUCGAAGGAACCAUCGGCAAGGGUAACUUUGCCGUUGUAAAAUUGGCCAGACAUCGAAUCACGAAGACAGAGGUGGCUAUCAAGAUAAUCGACAAAACGCAAUUAGAUCCUACUAAUCUAGAGAAAGUUUAUAGAGAGGUCGAAAUUAUGAAGCAGCUGGAGCAUCCGCAUAUCGUUAAACUAUAUCAGGUCAUGGAGACGAAGAACAUGAUUUACAUGGUGUGCGAAUACGCGAGCAAAGGCGAGAUAUUCGACUACAUAGCGCGAUAUGGAAGAAUGGGAGAGCCCCGAGCACGUGCGACGUUCGCCCAGAUCCUCUCCGCGGUCGAGUACUGCCACGUGACGGGUGUGGCACAUCGCGAUCUGAAGGCGGAGAACUUGCUUCUUGACGCGCAGAUGAACGUGAAGAUCGCCGAUUUCGGCUUCAGCAACCGAUUCGCCCCGGGGGAACGCCUGAGCACGUGGUGCGGCAGCCCGCCUUAUGCCGCGCCCGAAGUUUUCCGAGGAAAGCACUACGCCGGACCUGAAAUAGACGUGUGGAGUCUGGGUGUUGUGUUGUAUGUGUUAGUAUGUGGCGCACUGCCCUUUGACGGAUCAACUCUUCAAUCAUUGAGAGAUCGCGUGUUGAGCGGCAGAUUUAGAAUUCCUUACUUUAUGAGUACAGAUUGCGAGAGCCUAAUACGCAAGAUGUUAGUGCUGGAACCUUCCAAACGUUACACCAUUCCACAAAUUAAGAGGCACCGUUGGAUGGCGGGAACAGCGGACAGUAUUUGCUCGGUGAUCGUGACACGGCCGUCGUCCUCUAUUCUGGAACCAAACGAGCAAAUACUUCGAUUAAUGCAUAGCUUAGGAAUAGACAUUAGUCGUACUAGAGAGUCCUUACGAAACAGCAGCUAUGACCAUCACGCUGCUAUCUAUUUCUUACUGCUAGAAAGAUUGAAGCAACAUCGCGUCAGCAGUACCAUUAAUAAUACUUGCUGGUCUAACGUUGCAAGAACAAAAGAAGAUAAAUUUAAAUCAAGAGCAAGAGAUGACACCGGCCGAGGAGGCAAGAGAUUUAGCUCGACGAGCUCGUCAACCGAUGAAGGUUGUUGCAGCGCGGAAGGCGAUUUGGAGGAAGGUCCGAGCGGCGACGAGUUACGCGAGGCGCAGAUCAAACUUGAAGAGCACCGUUUAGGCCUAGAUCAUGAUAUCAGUCAACGAAUCGACAGCCAGAUAGUCAAUCGAAGAUUAAGCGACUAUCAACAUCAUUUUGAUAACCCGCUUAUGGAUCCUAUUGAUCCACCCAGUCGUACGACCCUGUUCAUGGCGGGCGGCAGCGGUAGCUCGUCGUCGGAGCUCUUCGAGUCCAGCUUCGAUUCUGGCUGCCCGCCAGAUUACACGGGGACGAAUUGCUUUACGAGCAGCCUACCGUCUUGCACGCCACCACCGCCCAAGAGUCCAUCCCCCAUCACCGGUAGAAUGUCCCGGGUCUCUCAAGGACGAAGAGCAUCAGACGGCGGACCUAGAUUACUGUUCUGUCAGCAGGGCGUCGGCGACAGGCCGUCCAAGCAGAGGAGCAUUCAAGAUUCGGGGAAAGCUCGAGGUCACUUGGAUCUAGUCCACCUCAGACCACCGUCCACACCGCCCGAUAAUCAGCAGCAGUUUAAGAUGCGCGGCGAUUCGGGCACGCAGUUGCAGCUCUUGGUGCAGCAGCGUAUGCUGCAGCAGAAGCGUAACUUGUAUCAUCGGCACCGAGGCGGCGGCAGUCCGACCCCGAUCCCGAGCACCGGCACCAGCAGACGCGCCGAUCACGUGCCGAGGCAGGACAGCUACAAGCUGGCGCAGCGUACGCAGAUCUUGCCGCCUCUCUCUCAGGGACACGUCGACAGGGACUUCGAUAGGAACCGGAAACGGGACGAGGAAAGGUGGAAGAGUCUGCCGUCCCGAUUGGCAGCGGACUGCCAGUUGGCGGAGAGGUCGCUAAUAUGGAGCCAACAGGUGGGCCUUAGCGGAGGCGCGUCUUACUUACCACCAGGCAGUGUAGGUGGUUUCUUGUGGCCCACCACCAGCAAUCCACAUUCAACCAUCUUCGAAAAUGUAGGGGAUCCAAUGGAAUAAAGCUCCGCUCUCUCGUUGUUAGUAAUUAUCUCGAGAUCUUGCGUAUGAAAAGCCUCCCAGUUGAAUCAUUACUCCCUCCGCUAGUCUUUCCACGUUGACUUUCAUUAACAUAGUUGCAUAUCAUUUCACAUUGGAGAUGGAGAGAAAUGUUUAGAUGUAUAUUAUGCGAAGAAUUUGAAACGUUCGCUCUCUCUUUCUCUCUCUUUCUCAUCUGUAAUCAAUAUUAUACUUCUUUACAUACUCAAGAUCUCCGGUUAGAUGUACGGUACAUGUUACUGAACGCCAAAGAUUUACACUCGUGUGCUUUUAUUGGUCCGAAACGUCUUGACGUGAAAAAAAAGACUUAACUGAAGCAUUAAAAAGUUGUAUCAAAAUGUUUCAUACAUAAGUUGUUUGCUACAAUGCCGUUUUACAAAGUUAUCACCACUGUAUGUCUCUUUGCAUGAGCAAAUAUAUGGAGAUAAUAUGGAGGAAUACGUAUUAUA